AUGGGUAUCAAGGAUCUCAAGCUCAAUGACAUGCUGCUGGACGCAGUCGCGGACAUCAAUGGCGACGAUCGCGACUUCCGCAUGGCGGUGUUCUUCAUUGUGUUCAACCCGUUGUUCUGGAACAUCGUGGCGCAGGUCGAGUACAAGACGCACUUCUUGACGCGGCUGGCCGGCGGCGCGCGGCGCGGGUGCUACGCGCUGGCGUUUGUGAUCUUCUCGCUCGGGCUGGUACGCGACUACUACUUCAGUCGCGCGCUGAAAAACCAGGUCACCACGGCGUGGCUCGACCAGGACGCAGUGCGCUACGCGGGCGCGGGGCUGUUCGUGUUCGGGCAGGUGCUGGUCCUGUCGUCCAUGUGGCGGCUGGGCGUGACGGGCACGUACCUGGGCGACUACUUCGGGAUCUUGAUGGAGGACCGCGUGACGUCGUUCCCCUUCAAUGUCUCCGACAACCCCAUGUACCAGGGCUCCACGCUGACGUUUCUCGGGACGUCGCUGUACUACGGAAAGGCCGCCGGCGUGUUUGCCGCGCUGCUGGUCAACCUGAUGUAUACCAUGGCCCUGAAGCUGGAGGAACCGUUCACGGCCAUGAUUUACGCCAAGCGCGACGAGGAGCGCGCCCAGAAGGCCAAAUAG